AUGUCAGGAAGCCUCUCCUGUGUGUUUGGUCUCUUGUUUUCAGGCUUGGGAUGGAAUGAGAUGCAUAUUGAAUUUACUGUGACUAGCGUGACCCGGGGACAGGUUGAUUCUUCUCGCCGGUCCCUUCAAGAUCAACCCUUCAAGAUCAAUGGUGUUCCUCUCUCUGGGGUUAAUGUUCAUAAAUUUGAUGACAAGUACUUUUCCAAGGAUGCCAAGAAACCUCAACAAAAGUGGACGUUAAUGUUGAUAAAUUUGAUGACAAGUUCAUUUUCAAGCAUGCCAAAAAGAAGAAAACAAAGGGUCUCAAUUGGUAGCUCAACAAAAGUGGACGUCUAUGGUUUCCAAGGAUUUCAAGGAGAGGGUCUCAACAAGAGUGGACUUCUCUGGUUUUAA